UACAUGAAUUGUUUUGGAAAGAUCUCCUUUUGUUGUCGUUCUCCUGAUAGAUCGGCGUCUACGGUCGCCUCCGUCUAGUGGUUGUGCAGUUUAGCUCUAUAAUAUUUCUCAGAGCAUUCUGCAAAUGUCGCGAUUGAACUCGAGCCGUCGGAUCCAAAUCGAUACCUCGGAGCCUCGCUACGAUGUAAACACCAAUGUGACGGAUGAUCUAGAUCCCUUUAUGGGAGUCAAAGUUAGACGGAAAGCCUCCCGCCUUCGGGAUUAUCAGGGUGAUUAUAUCGAUAUUCAGUCCCGACCUCGUCUUAUGAAGAUUCUCGACAAACAAGGUGACAGAAAAGUGUUGUUUGCUGAUAAAGUUAUAAAGUUCACUGGUUCGGGCAAGAUGAAACGCCGUAUACUUCUCGUUACUGAUUUUGCCAUCUACAUUGCGGAUCCAGAGACUGAUGCACUGAAAAGAAGGAUAGCCCUUGCUGCUGUUGAUAAAUUGUGUUUAAGUGAACUAAGCGAUAAUUUCUUUGCAAUUAUUAUUCCCACAGAAUAUGACCUACUCAUGGCUAGUACUAGAAAGACGGAAAUUGUGACAGUCUUAGUGGAUGCUACAAAGAGUGCCUCAGACUAUGAACUCGAGGUUGCCUUAUCUGACAGAUUUGAGUACAAUGCAGCUGCAGAAGUAGCGAAGGAAGUCCAGUUUGAGGAAGAAGAAGGUGGUGUUAAAACAAGAAUUGUUCAGAGAUGAAUUGCGCAUACGACGUCGAUGUCUAAUACUUGUAGGAAGUAUGUUUGGUGUUGCAGAGUGGUAUGUUGCAAUCAACGAGUCACGAUCAAAUUGGCCUUAUCGAAUUGUUUCAUGUAUCUUGUUUGAUUUUGAGCAAAAUGUUUCCUCUGCUUUCUGACCAGCAAGAAAUGCAGAACUUACUGUGGGUAUAUAAUUAUAUUUAUAGUAGAUCAACAUGUAAAAUAUGAUAGUACUUAUUAUUUGUUGUAUCUAAAGUAAUUUGAUCGACUAUUGAAUUUUCCCCUUGUGCGUAUUGCACAAAAUUUGUCA